AUGGCUCUAGAGGUGCUGCAGCAGCUUAAAGAGCUGGGAUCGAAGUUGGAGAGUCUGCCGGCAUCGAAAGACGCUAUCAUUAAGCUCCUGAAGCAAAGUGAAGCAUGUCUUGCUCACUUAGAUCAGUCACCUACAAAAUCAGUCGUUGACUCUAUGCAGCCUCUCGUAAAUGCGGUAGCCAAGCCAGAGUAUCUGCAACAUCAGGAUCGGGAGGUCAAGCUCUUUUUAGCUUCUUGCGUUUGUGAAAUAACUCGAAUUACUGCACCCGAGGCCCCUUACGAUGACAAUGUCUUCAAGGAUAUUUUUCAGUUGAUUGUGAGUACUUUCAGUGGCUUAAAUGAUAUAAAAGCUUCAUCAUUCAGAAGGAGGGCUGUUAUUCUCGAAACUAUGGCUAAAUAUAAAUCAUGUGUCGUGAUGCUGGAUCUUGAAUGUUAUGAUCUCAUAAAGGAAAUGUUCAAUACAUUUUUUGCUGUUGUCAGAGAUGAGCAUCCUGGCAAUGUCUUGACUUCAAUGCAAACGAUCAUGGAGGUUCUGUUAGAUGAAUGUGAAGAUGUACCAGAGAGUUUAUUGUUUAUUUUGUUGUCUAUUUUAGGCCGUGAUAAGGAGGGUGUAACUAUGGCUGCAAGGAAGCUUGCUAUGAGUAUGAUAGGGAAUUGUGCCACAAAACUGGAACCUGGCAUAAAGCAAUUUCUCGUGUCAUCAAUGUCGGGGGAUAGAAGACCCCUUUUUCCUGAGACUGAUUAUCAUGCUGUACUUUAUGAUAUCUACCAUUGUGCCCCUCAAAUCUUACCUGGGGUUGUUCCUUAUCUCACCGGAGAGCUGCUGAGUGAUCAAGUGGAGAUCCGUAUGAAAGCAGUGAGUUUAGUUGGGGACCUCUUUGCGUUGCCUAAAUCGACUAUUUCUGAAGCCUUCGAACCUGUCUUUUUGGAGUUUCUGAAAAGGCUGACUGAUAGAGUAGUCAAUGUCAGAAUGUCUGUCCUCCACCAUGUCAAGAUUUGUCUUUUGGAGAAUCCCUUCAGAGACGAAGCUCAUCAAAUUAUCUCUGCUCUUUGUGACCGUUUGCUGGACUACGAUGAGAAUGUCCGCAAACAAGUUGUUGCUGUGCUGUGUGAUGUGGCAUGUCAUUCUCUCAAAUCCAUUCCCGCUGAAACCAUUAAGAUGGUCUCAGAACGCCUUCGUGACAAAUCUGUUCUGGUCAAAAGGUAUGCUAUGGAGAGGUUGGGUGACAUAUACCGAAUGUCUUGGAUUAAGCAUUCUACGGAUUCGACUAGGGAUGAUGAAUAUGAUUGGAUUGUGGGGAGGAUAUUGAGAUGCUUUUACGACAAAGAUUUCAGAUCAGAUACAAUUGAACAUAUCCUAUCUCUGUCCUUGUUCCCACCUGAAUUUUCUGUCAAGGAUAAGGUAGCAAAAUGGGUCAGGUUGUUUUCUGGAUUCGACAAAGUUGAGGUUAAGGCUCUUGAGAAGAUACUAGAGCAGAAGCGAAGAUUACAACAAGAGAUGCAGAAGUACCUCUCCCUCAGAGAGUCAUCUCAGGAAGGUGAUGAUACUGAGAUGAGAAAGAAGGUAGUAUUUUGCUUUCGUGUCAUGUCUCGCUGUUUUGGCGAUCCUGCAAAGGCAGAGGAGAACUUUCAGAUUCUCGACCAGUUGAAAGAUGCCAACAUUUGGAAAAUCUUUUCACGUCUCAUUGACCCAAAAACCAGCGCUCUGCGAUCCAGUAGUUUACGGGACGAUUUGCUAAAGGUCCUUGGUCAGAAGCAUCGACUCUAUGAGUUUCUGGGCGCACUUUCUUUGAAAUUCUCUUAUAUGCUUUUUGACAAAGAUCAUGUCAGAGAGUUCCUUCUGGAAGCUCGUGUGCAGAAGUCCUCUGGAACUGCUGAGUUAAUUUUGUCCUGCAUGGCUAUUCUUGUGAUUCUAGCACGAUUUUUCCCUCUGUUGUUUGGUGGAAUUGAAGAAGAUUUGGUUCAUCUACUUGAGGAUGAUAAUGAAAUUAUUAAGGAGGGCACAUUGCAUAUUCUUGCAAGGGCUGGGGGAACUAUCAGAGAAAAAUUGGGUGUCUCAUCAAGAUCAUUAGACCUUAUUCUGGAGCGCAUAAGCAUUGAAGGUAGCCGAAGGCAGGCUAAGUAUGCUGUUCAUGCCCUGGCAUCCAUCACAAAAGAUGACGGUCUUAAGUCACUCUCUGUUCUUUACAAGAGGUUAGUUGAUAUGCUUGAAGAGAAAUCCCACUUGCCAGCUGUUUUACAAUCUCUCGGAUGCAUAGCACAAGCUGCUAUGCCAGUCUUUGAAACAAGAGAAAGUGAGGUCCAGAAUUUCAUUAAGGAAAACAUACUGAAGCUGGGACAUUUGUUCUCUUGGAGUACCUCUGGCAAUAAAUUGUCAUUUUUAUUGUCCCUGCAGAUUUUUGGUCUUAAAGCAUUAGUCAAGAGCUAUUUACCUGUAAAAGAUAUCCAGCUUCGUUCUGGAAUUGAUGAUGUAGUUAAUAUCAUAAAAAAUAUACUCUUCUUUGGUGAUAUAUCAGAAGAAAUCAAGUCAAGUUCAGUUGAUAAGGCACAUUUGAAACUAGCUGCAGCUAAAGCUGUCCUUCGCCUAUCAAAGCACUGGGAGCAUAAGAUUCCUGUUGAUGUUCUUUACCUCACUUUGAGAACUUCAGAGGAUAACUUUCCUGAGGUCAAGAAACUUCUUCUCAGCAAGGUUCAUCAAUAUGUGAGGGACCGGAUUUUAGACCCAAAGUAUUCCUGUGCCUUCUUGCUGGAUGUUCCAGCUUCGCAGGCAGAUUUUGAAGAGAAUAAACGCUAUUUGAAUGACAUCAUCCAAAUGUGUCGGCAAGGGAGGGGACACAAAAUCUCUGUGCAGGCUGAUGCCAUGUCACCUUCUAUUUAUCCAGAAUACAUUCUCCCAUAUGUGGUCCAUUCGCUUGCUCAUCAUCCUUCAUUCCCUGAUAUAGAUGAAUGCCGAGAUGUCAAAUCAUAUGAACCCAUGUUCAGGUAUUUUAAAAUUUUGGCGAUUAGUAGUAUUCAACUGAAGCUUAUAGGAAUUCAUUGA